AGAUGUUUGCACUACUUUAGCUCCAACAUCAAGUUGCAAGCCCACAGCGUGGACUGUCAACAGAUAAAUAACUGCGCGAUCAUAUUACCCAGCGAGGAGGAAAAGUGGCUCAGUUUUAACAAUCACAGUAGGAAGGAACGUGUGCCGUUUGUCGUCUACGCCGACUUGGAGUGUAUCCUGAAAAAGAUGGAUACGGAUCCGAAGACAUAUCAGCACCAUGAAGUAUUUAGCAUCGCUUAUUACCUGCACUGCUCAUAUGACGACUCGCUAUCAACAUAUCAGUUUCAUCGUGACAAGGAUUGCAUCGCAUUGUAA